ACAUAGAGAAAAACCAAAAGAGAGGAAAAAGAAGGAAUAUAUCAUAUCAAGAGCUUUGUCUAGUGUCUACCAUAUUUAUACAAAGAUCAUCACAUAUAUAAUAUAUGAUAUAUUUCUUCUUGAUACAAUUUUGAUACCAAAAAAUUAAACAUGAUGGCUGCAGAUCAGCAAAGAAUUCAUCCUGUUCAUGAUGUUGAGGCACCACACAGACCUUUGGUGCCUGAAAACUAUGCAAAAUCUGAUAAGGGUAUUCCUCAGCGCACUUUUCCUGUGAUGCAUUCAAAGCCACCUAAGAGAAGAAGAAGCUGUUGCUGUAGGUUCAUGUGUUGGACACUAAGCAUAUUGCUGAUUUUGAUCAUUGCUAUUGCCAUCACAAUAGGGAUCCUAUACCUUGUGUUCAGACCAAAGCUCCCCAAAUACUCAGUGGACCAACUGAGGAUAAGCCAGUUCAAUGUUUCAGACAACAACACCCUCUAUGCCACCUUCAAUGUGGCAAUCACUGCAAGAAACCCUAACAAGAAGAUUGGAAUAUACUAUGAGGGUGGAAGCCACAUAAGUGCUUGGUACAUGGACACAAAAUUGUGUGAAGGGUCCUUGCCAAAGUUCUACCAGGGUCACAGGAACACCACAGUGCUUGAUCUGCCUCUAACUGGUCAAGCACCUGAUGCAAGUGGUUUGGUGAAUAGAAUUCAGGAGCAGCUGCAACAGACCAACAAUGUUCCUCUCAAUCUUAAGGUGAAUCAGCCUGUGAGGGUUAAGUUUGGUAAGCUGAAACUCUUCAAAGUCAAGUUCAGGGUUAGGUGCAGGCUUGAGGUGGAUAAUUUUGGUGCUAGUAAUGAUAUUAGAAUUUCUAGCAGUAGUUGUAAGUUCAAGCUCAGGCUGUGAUGAAUUCACUAGUACAUAUAUUAUUAUCAUUAUUGAUUAGUAUAAUAUAUAUGUGCCAUUGUUAUAUUAUAUUACUAUUACUAUUUCGUUUCAUCUUUUUGUGGUUUGUUUGAUUGAGAUUUUUCGUAAGGGAUGGAGGAUCAGAUGUGGUUUUUUCUCUCCAUCUGCACGUACUUUGAGUUACAUUUCAUGUACUUCGAUUCUAUUAAUUCAGACGCUAUUUCUUAUUCACAAA